AUGCACUGCCUGGAGCUCAACCUGAGCUCGCUGCCAGCGACGACGCGACGCGCCAUCCGCCGCUUGAAGCUACACCGCGAGAUGCUCCAACUGCCAAGCCUUAUCUUGUGUGCCGGCACGAGCUUUAGCACCCCGUUCGGCUCGGCGACGCAAGAGCAACAAGCAGCUCUUCGCCGCUGCGCGCAGCAUACGAUAGCUGUCCGAGUGACCGGCGAGGACGUGUACGUGACUGGUACACCGAUAAACGCAGUGCUUGUCAACGCGACGCCUGUGUCGAGCCAUACGCCACACCGUCUGGCUGAUGGCGACAUCAUCACACUUGCUUCUGGCAACGACUUUGUCAUUGCGUAUGUGCUUCGCACCAACCGCGGCGCUGUCUCUUCGCCGGACCAACUCAUCAACCUAACAAGCGCAAGCUCCACGACAGAGGUAACGCACACCACCCAAGGCACCUGGUCAGUCGAGACCGACGCGGGCAACGAUGGCACUCUUGGAGACAUGGCCAAAACCCGCGACAACGACACCGAGACGAGCCAACAAACGCUCGACCCUCCCGUUAUCGCCCUUGCUGACAACAACGCUGACGAGUCCCCGAUGUCCAGCGCCAUUGGUGAUGGCACGGCGCUGCCAGAUGUGCUCGAUGUCGACGCCAUCGUGUACUCUCCUCAGCAGAUGCCGCGCCGAAGCAAGCGGCUCGUUGCACGCAAGGAGAAAGCUCUCUGGCGCGUCUUGCAUGACAGCUGCACCGUCUCGUAAAGUGAAUUGUGAUCGGAAUUUGACGGACAGGCCACCCGUUAAAAUUCCCUGAGUCGCCUACGCUCGAGUGGUGUUCCAAGCAUCCCGUCUCCGUCGACUUGGAUCGACACAUAAGGCCCACUACAUGGUCAAGAAGAGGCGCGCGAGGUUGUCUCGGCCGAGGCUCUCGUACUCGUCAAAGGUAAACGGGGACCUUGCUCGAGGAUUGGACUUGCGUGGCA